CUUUUAGCUUUUUAUGGGUGGCAACAUAAGAACUUCGAAGCGACACACAGUUUCUUAUUGGAUCUGCAAUCACAUUGAGAAGCGCAGUUGGUGACUGCUACAUUCCGCAAUGGGCUUCAAAUUCGGACAACUGCUUUUGGACAAUUGCUUUUUCAUCUGCUUGCUUUCUUUCUUUUGGUGUACAACAUUUGUACCCAUUGUCAAUGGUCGUGGAGAAGAAUGCCAUUUGCGUCCAGUAAUUCAUGUUCUUCAGCAGCCAGGGUGCAUUCCGAAGCCUAUACCUUCUUUCGCCUGCCAGGGAAGUUGUUCAUCGUACGUUCAGGUUUCUGGAUCAAAAUUCUGGCAAGUGGAGAGAUCUUGUAUGUGUUGUCAGGAAAUGGGAGAGAGAGAAGCUAGCAUUGGAAUUUUCUGCCCUAAGGCUUCUCCAAGAUUCCGAAAGAUAGUUACACGAGCCCCUGUAGAGUGCAUGUGUCGCCCUUGCACAGCGGUAGAUGAGUCUGCGAUACAGCCCCAAGAAAUGCAGCUUCUUAUUGCAGAUCCUCAAGCUGAUUUCCCCAAAGGAAUGCCCUUGAUGGAAGACUAUCAUCUCAUCAAUGAGUUGAAGAAUGGAAAAGACAUACCUGUAGUAUGAUGACGGCAUUAAAAAAAAUAACGCAAAUGACGCUUUGUUUCAGAUUCAGUUAAAUAUUCUGAAUUUUUAUUAAUUUUUGUUAGCUUCAGACAGUGUAUUAGCAUUAUAUAAAGUAUGUAUGGUGUUUGUGACAGCGAUAACUGAUUAAGUGGUGCAAUAUUAUACAAAUAUAUUGUCCCAAUCUGUGAAGUGGCGCAAGCAAGAAAUAAGUAAAUCAAUUUCAUAUUGAAAAGGCAAAUAUAAUAACUGAAUCUGUGGAAUGUAGCAUGCAGUUGUUCAAAAAUAAAAUUACAUAAUAAAAAGCAUGGAUUAAUAAAAGUAGCUGUCUGGAACUAUAUAUUGUUAGAUUUAUAUGAUAAAUUCUUUUUGUUAUUUUUCAAUUAAUUACAAUAUUAUCUGAAAGUUAAAAAAAGAAAGUAAAUAUCACAAAGUGACAACAUAAGAAUAAAUUUAAUUAUUAUUUUCAUUUUGCAUUGAUUCUUAUUAUUUAAUUCAUUCAAGAUAAUUUAUGUACA